AUGUAUAGCAUUGAUAUCUUUCUUCUUCAGAUCCAACAUGGUUCUGCAGUACCUAGUGUACAUACAGAUAUCCAUCCAGGCAGUGCACAUGAUAAAAUUGCAGCCAAGUCAGAAGCGAGUGUUGAUAUUAAAGGUGGUCAGUCUACUCAUUCAUCAGAACACCAGCCACUAUUACAGUCUAUGUUAUCUAUGGGUGGACAGACAGACAUAGAAAUAGACGAAGAGGAAUUAGAAGAUGAAGAAAUGGAUGAAAGCGUACGAGAGUUCAACUUUUGGACGCACCAGAUUCACAUUUUUUUUAUGCGGAAAUUGUUCCCAGCAUUUGAACACAUGGAGAGAAUUAAAGAGAAAAAGUUAGAAAUAAGAGCUGAGAAAAUGACUGCUGCCUUAGAAGCCCAGAAGUUAAGAGAAGAAGAAGAAAGGAAAGAGGCAGCAUUGGAAGCUAAACUGUCAGACGAGUCAGCAACAAAAGAGAGAUCAGUUACCGAGUUGUCUGAGAUUACUAAGGAUGGUGAAGCAGAAACCGUAAUAGGCUCGCUAUCAGAGGCCAAAAGUUAAAUAACAAUUGUAUGUUGUCUUAGUAUCAGCAACUAAUAUUGUUAUCUCUUACUGAACUUGCUUUAUAUUAAUUGAUUUAAAAUAUCUACUUCAUAUACCGUCCACAGAUAUUUUCUUCAAAUAAAAAUUAGCUUUUUUUGUUCGCCGUACUAACAUGUUCAACUCAAAGUAUACAGUAUGAAAACAUAAUCAGUGAUAACCAUAUUCACCAGAGUGUGACUUGUAAAUUUGGUGAAAUCCUUUGUACUUUUAUGACUAAAUAAAUUGUAUAAAUAAUUAUAA